AUGUCGGAACAGAGGCCACGCAGACAGGAGGAGUCCAACUCGGGCUUCAAAGGUGCCCUUCAGGGUCUUGCAGUCUUCUUGGUGGCCCAGUUUGCCAUCAACCAGUACAUGGGAAGUAAGGACAAGGCCGACACCCCCAGCGUGAAUUCUGGUGGCAUCCCCGCUUUUGCCGAUCGCCCCGAUCCCAGUGAAAUCGCCGAGCGCAGUGCUCUCCCCGAGGUCAUCGCCCCGAUCUGGCCCUCCGACAGCGCUGUCGAUAUCAGUGUUUAUGUAACCCCCUCUAUCAUUGUGCCCAACUUCAAGUCGCCGGACGGUGUUCUUGUGGUGGACGAGAAGAACUUCACCAUUGGAAACUACAGCGAUACUCGCGAAAUCGACACCACCAUCAAGGUCCCAAAGCAGGUCCAACAGAAUGGAACUCUAUGGGCUCACUUCUUUUUGGCUCGCACCGGAUACCCGUUAGACCCCGCCGCUAAGGACUACAACACUGCUGAUGCAGUCCAUUUCCUUCGACCUUUGAACCAGUACCUUCCCAAGAAGAAGGUCAAGAAGCUGAAGAACCUUCUGUCGGGCCCCGAGGAUGAGCAAGACCAGGAGGAAGAUAACACCCCGGAAAUUUCAACUAUGUCAUACUACCACCCCAACUUCACCCUGUCCCUGAUCCCAGACUCCGGAACUCAGAAAUUGGCGCAGAUGAACCCCGCAGUUCGCCAGUAUGUGCAGCUGGAGCGGACCGGUGCCCGCGAUGCCAGUGGAAAGAAUGGAUGGUACUACCCGAUCGCUUUCGUCAACACUUUUUGGCAACUGAAGACCCACAUGACUGAGUUGAACUCUACCGUUGAGACCGUGCCGUUGCAUAUCACUCUCAACAACAUGGCGAACUGGAAGUUCAACAUCCUUAGCAGUGUUGAUGAAGGCUCGAAGCAAAGUUCUCGCCAGGCUGCCUACGGCAAGCCUCCUCCCGGUGGUGGAGAUGGAACCGAGUGGGAGAUGGUGAAGGAGAUUCUCUUGGAUACGAACAUUUGGCUUCUCUGCACCACGGGUGUGGUCACUGUCCUCCACAUGUUGUUUGAGACUUUGGCCUUCAAGAACGAUAUUGCCCACUGGCGCAAGAAGAAGGACGUUGUUGGUACUUCAGUUCGGACAAUCUUGGCCAACGUCUUCAUGCAGGCUGUUAUCUUCCUCUACCUCAUGGACAACAGUGAUAACACCUCUUGGAUGAUUCUGGCUAGUCAAGGAUUUGGUAUUCUUCUGGAAUUCUGGAAGAUCACCAAGACCGUCGACGUUCGUUUGCGCCCGCCGCCAGCUAGCUCUAAGUUGUCGUUCUUGCCUUAUGUGAUUGUGUUUGAGGACAAGCACAAGCUUAGCGAGACCGAGGAAAAGACCAAGGAGUACGAUGAGAUUGCCUUCCGCUACCUGUACAUUUUGGCUGUUCCCCUUCUGCUCGCAUACGCCGCGUACAGCUUGGUCUACAACACCCACAAGUCAUGGUACUCUUACGUUAUCCAGACCCUGGUGGGUAGUGUCUACGCCUACGGCUUCCUCAUGAUGGUCCCCAGUCUCUACAUCAACUACCGGUUGAAGUCUGUUGCCCACAUGCCCGGAAAGGCGUUAACCUACAAGUUCCUGAACACCUUCAUCGACGAUCUCUUCGCUUUCACCGUCAAGAUGCCUUGGCUCCACCGCCUGGCUACUCUCCGCGACGAUGUCAUCUUCUUCGUCUGGCUCUAUCAGGGCUGGAAGUACAAGGUUGACUACAAGCGCGUCAACGAGUUCGGCCAGGGAGGUGAUAGUGAUGAGGAGGAAGAACCUACUCCUGCUAUUGAAGGGGACAAGAAGGAGGAAGUGGCUACCCAAUCCUCUUCCAAGGCUACCUCCAAGUCAUCUACCCGCAAAAGGAAAUGA